AGUUUUUAAAUCGUAAGGUAAAUUAAAAAGUAUGAUUGAUUAUUGGCUAUUUGGAAUUACUGUUUUGUGUAGGCUUUGUUAUGUUGUCAUUUUAUGUAAAUAAUCCAUUGAUUGUCGAUUGACUGUUGUCAAACUUAAGUCCAGUUUUUUUGCAUUGUAACCUAUUUAUUUCUUAACUAAUUUGAGUUGAACGAGAGUUAAAAGAAAGUGCCGUUAUGUUAUUAAGUGUUAUGGUAUUAAGCGAUACUCAACGGGAGACAGGACCUACGCACAGUUUUACGUUUUCCGACCACUAGAGGACUAGGGGUGAUGGAGCAGUUCAACCCCGGAGCCGCCGACGCGGCCGCCCAGGGCUCCAGCCAGGGGGAAGAGGCGGCCCAGCCCUCGAAGACGAGCUACUCGGAGACCACGUCCCGCCAGAGCAACCUCCAGCGGAUCCAGCAGCGCAAGCAGCAGGUGUACAACUGGCAGCACAGCAAGAAGCUGCUCAAGCUGGCCAUAUACUCUGCGUGCCAGGCUCCUGAAUGCAAGUGUAAUGGUUGGAAAACGCCCAUUCUCCCGGCCAAAGUACCGAGAAUCGACGCGUGUCAGCCUCUCGCCAGCUUCUCGGACCCGUGUCGCAGCUGCACUCACAUAUUAGAGAUGCAUGUAAAUCACUUGGCACCGCUAAACGAGGAUGAAAUAAACAGACUACUUGGCAUGGUCGUUGACGUUGAGAACAUUUUCAUGAGCAUGCAUCGAGAAGAAGACUGCGACACAAAGAGAGUGUAUUAUUACCUCUUCAAGGUUCUGAGGAAGUGUAUUUUAACCAUGACCUAUCCAAAAAUAGAAGGUCCAUUGGGACAGCCUCCAUUUGAAAGGCCAAACAUUGCAAAAGGAGUUCUAAACUUUGUCCUGUACAAAUUCGGGCAUCUAGCGCAAAGGGAUUUCCAAACAAUGCAAGACUUGGCGAAGAUGUUCCUCCAUUGCCUGAACCAUUGGAAUUUCGAAACACCAAGUGCUAGAUGCCAAGUGUCAUCUGCGGAAGAAGUUUCAGCCUACAAGAUUAACUACACUAGGUGGCUGGUGUUCUGCCAUGUGCCUGCGUUCUGCAACUCGCUGCCCCACUUCGACACCACCCUCGUGUUCGGGCGUACGCUGCUGCGGGCGGUGUUCCGCUCCGUGUACACGCAGCUGAUGGACAAGUGCCACAGCGAGAGGGACCGCAUGCCGCCCGAGAAGAGGGUCCUCGUGCUCACCCACUUCCCCAAGUUCUUGUGUGCGCUGGAGGAUGAAAUCUACGCCACGAACUCGCCCAUUUGGGACCCCGAGUUCAAGCAGGUGCCUCCGAGCGCGCUGCACCCCGCGGCGGAGUCCAAGACCCCUGCGGCGGCGAAGCGCGGCGAGUUCGAGAAGAUCACCGUGCACUCUGGAGACAAGGACGCCUUCACCACAAUCAACCUCAGCCCAGGGUUCGGCAAGAAGCAAGUGGGACUGUCCUCAAGUGGCACAGACAAAAGAUCAUCAGCAGCAGAUAGCAUACCAGCCUUGCGAACACCUGACAUGAAAAAAAGAAGACUGGAAACAACAGAAGAUAUCCCAGAAGAGACAGUAGCAGAAAUUAUUGCUACUGUGGAUGCCCCUGCCAAUAUGAUAGGGCCUGAGGCAGUGUUCCCCGAGAACGCGCCGCGCGACGAGGCGGCCAAGCAGGAGGAGGAGCAGGGCGUCAUCGAGUUCCACCUGGUGGGCAACUCCCUGACCAAGCCCGUGUCCCAGCGGACCAUGAUGUGGCUCAUCGGGCUGCAGAACGUCAUCUCGCACCAGCUGCCCAAGAUGCCCAAGGACUACAUCACGCGGCUCGUCUUCGACCCGAAACACAAAACUCUGGCCCUGGUUAAAGACAACCAGCCGAUUGGAGGCAUUUGUUUCCGCACCUUUCCCACGCAAGGCUUCACCGAAAUCGUGUUCAUAGCCGUGACGAGCAACGAGCAGGUGAAAGGCUAUGGCUCGCAUCUCAUGAACCACCUCAAGGAUUACCACAUUAGACAAAACAUCCUUCACUUCCUCACGUUCGCCGAUGAGUUUGCAAUAGGCUACUUUCGAAAGCAGGGCUUCAGCAAGGACAUCAAGCUUCCCCGGCAGAUGUACCAAGGAUACAUCAAAGACUACGAGGGAGCCACCUUGAUGCAUUGUGAGCUGAAUCCGCGGAUUGUGUACACGGAGUUCACUACUGUGGUGCGCAGACAGAAAGAGAUCAUCAAGAAGCUGAUAGAGAUGCGGCAGCAGGAGGUGCAGAAGGUGCACCCGGGGCUGACGUGCUUCCGGGAGGGGAUGAAGGUGAUCCCGGUGGAGAGCAUCCCGGGCAUCCUGGAGACAGGCUGGCGUCCGGUCGCCCGCAACACCCGCGUCACCAAGGUGACGGAGGACUGCGGCGACCCCGACACCUUGGCCAACAUAUUCAGGACGGUCCUCAACAUGAUGAAAACACACGAAUGUGCCUGGCCUUUCAUGAGACCUGUGGAUAAGGAUGAAGUUGUUGACUACUACGACCACAUAAAGUAUCCAAUGGAUCUGAAGACGAUGAAUGAUCGGCUAAAGGCGAAGUACUACACAACGCGGCGGCUGUUUGUGGCGGACAUGACAAGGAUUUUCACCAACUGCCGCCUGUACAACAGCCCCGACACGGAGUACUACCGCUGCGCCACCGUGCUGGAGAAGUUCUUCCAGACGCUCAUGAAGGAGCAUGGCCUGUGAUUGGUCACUCGCAGCUCAAGUGAGAGCCACUGUUGGUUUCUGAUCCAGUGAAACUGUCUUACAUACAUUACAGGCAGUGCUCAUGAUAUUUGAUGUGUUUCCUAAAGAUAUGUUCAAAUUAAUUUGAAAUUGUACAUCAGUGAAAUCACCGUUUUUUUUAUACUACGUAUGCGUCGAGUUCUGUUCUCGGAAAGUUUACUUAGACCCUAAAAUUAAAAAAAUUUAAGUAACAUACCAUAUUUGCCUAAUUAUAAUGCUAUGAUUUUUACCAAAACUGUGGAGUUGCAUUUUAAUCGCAAACUUGUAUCUUGCCAUUGGAAACAACUCAGUGGAAAAAUUACAGGAGCUGCCUCUGAAAUUGGUCACUUACGCCACUUUAGACUGCUGUUGAUUACAGCCUCCUGAACUUUCGCUUAGUUGAAAAACUACAUUCUGCCUGUAAACUGCAUCACUUACGCCACUUUAGUCCACUGCUUCCUGAACCUCCUGCACAGGUGUGACGGAUGGAAGUUGCAGGAUUAAGGGGAGGGUGCAAACUGAGUUUGUUACUGAGUUCUCUCUGCUUCUCUUUUGCUGUGGCUGCUGGCGAAGGCAUUCCCUUACCCUCCUCUUUCCAGGGCCCCCACAUGGCCGGUGCUACUGUUGCUACGGCAACGGGGCCCGCGAGUCUAGGUGGGGGGGGGGGGGGGGCAGUGGGUCUAGGGGCCCCGCAAAGGAAAGAAGAAACUAAUUAAAGCAUUAAAAGUAGAUAAUUUUAAAAUAAAUCAUAGAAAACAAUUAAACAAUCAGGCAUAAUUUUAGUUACCGACGAAAUAUCACACCAGAGUAAUAUGAUUCGGAAUAUGCUGUGCGUACAGAACGUGUCUGAAUCUACAACUGUGAGUAACAAAAACCACCACCAACAUCCGACGUGACACAAUGUUACACUCAUUUAUUUGCCAUUAUUCAACAUAAAUUUACGUUGACAUUCUAAACACUGACUUAAUACUAGUUUCAAUGUAUGUUUGAAAAAUAAUUGUGAUUAAGGUUAAGAAUUAAUAUAACUAAAACAAUAUACAUAGAAGCCAAAAAAAUUAUUAAAUCUUUUUAGUAUAAAAAAAUGGGGGGAGGGGGGGGGGAUCAACAUGACCUCUAGCAAUGGGGCCCACAGAAUGAUGUGGGGGGGCCUGCAUCUUUCACCGUCCCAGACGACCAUUAUCACAACAUUCUUUGCUUUCAGAACAGCCGCCACUUUUGAACUAGUCGUAAAAUAAUUUUUUUUUCUAAAUGUGGCUAGUAAAUAUGUAUGUAAUAAAUUUAAUAAUUUAAAUAAUUUUCAAGUGUUAUGUACGUGAAUUUUGAUUUCCGAUCAAUGAAGUUAUUUCAUGAACUCAUAAUCAAAAAAUUUGGGGUCAAAUUAUAUUCAGAGUCAUAUUAUUUUGGGGUAAAUGUUGUAUAUGUUAAAAUUUGGCAUAUGAUUGUUUCAGGUACCUACUGUAAAACUUCAAUUAUGUAUUUUCAUGUGUUUCUAGCAAGCUGAUGUCUAAAUGUCUGAAUCAUAGGAAAGAGGCGAACUGCCUAUUCUGUAAUAUCUCUGCUGAACAAUUAUGCUCAUUUAUGAAACAGUGUGAGUUCUGCAAUGAUAUUUACCAAUUAUCUGGUAGUAUGUACUGUACAAAGAUUUUUACAACUAUAAAUGUCGUAUUUAAUUUUAUAGACUUUUCAUAGUUAAGAUUUAUUAUGAGAUAGGAGACUGAAGGAUUUGUAUAAAUAUUGUGUUUCUAUGAUAAUAAGUUUAGUAAACACAACCACCUUGAUUCAUGCUUACACAUGUUGGCCAUUGUAUUUUGCAACAUUUUCUCAACUGCAUUAUGAAAAGUCAGUCUAUAAAAGUGGGUUUCUCUGUAUUCAUUAUUUUAUUUUUCUGUAAAAAAAUUUUUAAUUUUUGGGAAUACUUAAUACGUAAAUUUUUUAGUUUUUAGGUUUAGAAUUUUUUUUAAUUUGCAUCUAUUUGUACUUGUUUUGAGGGUAUAAUUGAAAUCCACGUGCAAACUUUGUUAUAAAAUAAUCUGAAGUGUCUAUGUAUAUGAGUAGGUUCCAGUCAUUACUACACUAAUUAUUUCUGAAUUUUUUUUUUAUUAUUAUUAUUUGAAAUAUUUUUAAGAAGAGGCAAUAUCAGUGAGGUACAAUUAUAUGUCCAAAAUGCUGGAGGGCUGUAAUACUAGUAUGGGCAAUAAAAGAGAGACAACACAAGAUCAACAACACAAUAUCAACAAUAAACACUCCAGUUUUCAGUCACCUGGUGGUUUCACCAUGUGGGUGAAAUUCUGAUUGUUGUUUUUACUGUCUUAAAUUUAUUGCUGUUUUUUUUUUUUCACAUCAUUUUUAUUAUAUGAAGGUUCUCUUUUGUUUAAAAAAAACUGUGUUGUGUCCAUUCCAUGUUAGAUUUUAUUUUAAGUAAAAUGUUACGUUUUCUUUUCAUGAUUAGUUUACAUUACUUAUAUGUUUAUGUGUGCAUGUAUGUGCUUGUUUUUAAUUUAAAGCUUAUUGAAAUAUUUCUUUAAAAUUUUCUUCAAAUUGCAUGAUUUUGCACAGAAGCAUAAAAUAAUGGAUAUGUAUUUGCCUUUCACCACUUAAGAUGUUGAACAUAGAGCAUAUAGGUAAUAUUAACUGUGCACAGUGUUUGUUUUUAGCUAUAUAACAUCACUCUACUUAAAUUCAAAGGAUGAAAUGUUGGUUGUGUUUUCCAUACAUAUAAUGCAUGGAGUUUGUACAAUAAUCCUUGGUAACUAUGUUCAUUAGGAUAUAUGUUGUUUGUAUGAACGAUGUGAUGUAAAAAAAAUGUAAAUAGAUUACAGUAGCAAUAUAUGAACUUUAAAUUAUAA